GCAACUCUCAUGCCGAACACCGUGGAAUAUAUCGAUCAUCAAUCAUUAUUAAGAUUUGAAACCAAGAACACGAACUAGUUCUUAUGUUUCUUUCUUACUUGAUUUUCUUGGAUUGUUUCUCUGAUCUCUGAAGAAAUCAUGGCUGCCAAUUUCUGGACAUCAUCUCAUUACAAGCACCUUCUGGAUCAAGAAGAUGUGGAUAUGGUGAAUCCACUUGACAAAGAAAAGGGUGUUACACUUGAGGAUUUUAAGCUCAUUAAGAUGCACAUGUCAAAUUAUAUUCUGAAGUUGGCUCAACAAGUAAAAGUGAGGCAGAGGGUCGUUGCUACUGCAGUUACUUACAUGAGGCGUGUUUACACAAGGAAGAGUAUGACGGAAUAUGAUCCACGCCUGGUAGCUCCAACCUGCUUGUAUCUAGCAUCAAAAGCAGAAGAAAGCACAGUGCAGGCUAGGCUGCUUGUAUUUUACAUUAAGAAAUUAUAUGCUGAUGACAAGUAUAGGUAUGAAAUCAAGGACAUACUUGAAAUGGAAAUGAAGAUUUUAGAAGCAUUGAACUAUUACCUGGUUGUAUUCCACCCCUACCGUUCCCUCUCCGGGUUUCUUCAGGAUGCGGGUCUGAAUGAUUUAAGCAUGACUCAACUAACUUGGGGGCUUGUUAAUGACACAUACAAGAUGGACCUAAUGCUUGUACACCCACCACAUCUAAUUGCCUUAGCUUGCAUAUACAUUGCAAGUGUACUAAGGGAGAAAGACACCACUGUCUGGUAUGAAGAACUUCGAGUUGAUAUGAAUGUGAUCAAGAACAUAUCAAUGGAGAUACUUGAUUUUUAUGAAAGCAACAGAAUGUUCACUGAUGAGAGAAUUAAUGCUGCUCUCCACAAGCUAUGAGCUCGAGUCCGGAAAAGCGUUGUUGUGGAAUAUGUGGAACUGGAAUGGAAUAAUUUGCUAGUGGCUGGUCAGAAUGAAUAAAAGAAAGUUAUAUUUUUGUUAUCAAUGACAUUGCCAUGUUGUACUUUAGAGGGCUUUCUUGUAGUUUUGAAUAGUAUGUGCACAUAGUAUUUGGCUGUUGUGGUCAGUCAAGUGUAUUAUUAAGAGUCAACUGGAUGAAAAAUACUAUAUGAUUCUUGAUGAGGAAAGACUCCCGCCUAGUUAAUUUAUUUAUCUAUUUGUAA